UUCAUUUCAGAGCUGCGUAGUGGUUGUGAGGUUGAACAGCAGCGACAACAGCGGUUGAAAAAAAGGAGAGAAUUUGAUGGUAAUAACAGUCCGCCCUCAGCCCAAUGGAAGCGGCCGUCAACCCACCUCAAGACAGCUCUCUGGUUGGGUUGUCCAGUGGCAUGUUGGAUCAGCACUGCAGCUCGGGAAAACGCAUUCGCAAGCCCUCCCUGCUGUACGAGGACUUUGAAAGCCCCUCCUUGCCACACACAAUGACCCAGGCCACCCCUGCCCCUCCGCAGCCCCCGGUGAAGGACCCCAGCCGACCAGGCCGCAUGACCAACCAGCUGCAGUACCUCCAGAAAACCCUCAUCAAGUGUUUGUGGAGGCACCACUUUGCCUGGCCGUUCCAUGAGCCUGUGGAUGCUUACAGACUAAACCUGCCAGAUUAUUAUAAAAUCAUCAAACAACCAAUGGACAUGGGGACAAUAAAGAAGCGUUUGGAAAACAACUUUUACCAAAGUGCCGGAGAGUGCAUUCAGGACUUCAACACAAUGUUUACUAACUGCUACAUCUACAACAAGCCUACUGAUGACAUUGUGCUGAUGGCCCAGUCCUUGGAGAAGAUCUUCCUCCAGAAGGUAGCUCAGAUGCCCCAAGAGGAAGUUGAGCUGCCUCCUCCUGCUCCUCGGAGCAAGAACAGCAGAGGAAGAGGCCGCAAGUCUAACCCAUCUCGGGCUCAGCAGGUGCCAGCGGUGUCCCAGUCCGCCUACUCACCGUCCUCCUCUGAUACUGGUGACUCCAUGCUGGCCAGCUCUCCUCAGACUGUUCUAACCAAGAGUCUGCCUCCAGCGAACAUCAUGGGCCUGCCUCCUACGCAGCCUACCACUAAGAAAAAAGGUGUGAAGCGUAAAGCGGACACUACAACUCCCUCCACCUUGGGUUUUACUGUUGGCAUGUCGGGAUCAACACACAUGGUGGGCUUGGGGAAAGGAGGUCAUGGGGGUCAAGUCCAUGACACCUCCAUGCACACCAUCUCCUCCAUGGGCAGCAUGAGCCUGGAGACCCCACCUGGCAUGGGCCUGGUUAGGAGCUCCGGAGGUCCCGUUCUCCUGCAGCCGAUGAUGGCCGGGACGGGCCGAAGGGUGGGCAGCGGCCGUCCCAUCAAACCGCCUAAGAAGGACCUGCCUGACUCUGUCCAGCCUCAGCUCUCCAAGAAAGGCAAGCUGAGUCCCCAGCUGAGGUACUGCAGUGGGCUGCUCAAAGAGAUGCUGUCAAAGAAGCACGCGGCGUACGCUUGGCCCUUCUACACGCCUGUAGACACGACUGCUCUGGGGCUUCACGACUACCAUGACAUCAUCAAGUGUCCCAUGGACCUCAGCACCAUCAAGAGAAAGAUGGACUGCCGUGAAUACAGGGACGCCCAACAGUUUGCCAGCGACGUCAGACUGAUGUUCUCAAACUGCUACAAAUACAACCCACCAGACCACGACGUCGUGGCGAUGGCACGGAAGCUGCAGGAUGUUUUUGAGUUCCGUUUUGCCAAGAUGCCAGACGAACCGCCGAUGGAACACACGGCCAUGUCUGUCAUCGGACAUCCCACGUCGUCUUCGUCAUCUUCUUCGUCCUCCUCCUCGUCCUCCUCCUCCACCUCUGAGAGCGAGCCCAGCAGCGACAGUGAAGAGAGCGAGAGCAGCCUGAGCUCAGACAGCGAGGAAGAGCGUGCACACCGCCUGGCCGAGUUACAGGAUCAGGUGUGUACUCAGCUCCGGGCCGUGCAUGAACAGCUGGCUGCACUGUCUCAAGGUCCCAUCGUCAAACCCAAGAAGAAGAAGGAGAAAAAGGAGAAGAAAGAGAAGAAGAAAAAGAAGAAGGUAGAAAAGCGUAGUCGUGCUGGACGGAGCAGAGCCGGUUCUGAGGAAUGGAAGAUGCCGGGCAAGAUGUUGAAGAGCAAAUCAGCCAGAGCUGGAGUCUCACAAGCGAAGAGAGCCCAGACAAAGAAGAGCAACAAGAACAACAAGACAGCAAAGAAACCUUUCUAUCCAACGUUGGCCCCGUCCACGCUUCCCCACUACGACUCUGAGGAAGAGGAGGAGAUCGUUCCCAUGACGUACGACGAGAAGCGCCAGCUCAGCCUCGACAUCAACAAGCUGCCGGGCGAGAAGCUCGGCCGGGUGGUUCACAUCAUCCAGUCCAGGGAGCCGUCCCUGAGGGACACCAACCCGGAGGAGAUCGAAAUCGACUUUGAAACCUUAAAGCCGUCGACGCUGAAGGAGCUGGAGCGCUACGUCAUGACGUGUCUGAGGAAGAAACCCCGUAAGCCUUACGGUGAGCAAGAAGUGAAGAAUAAAGGCAGUAUGUCUAAAGAGGAGCUGACUCUGGAAAAGAGGAGGGAGCUGGAGAGGAGGCUGCAGGACGUCAGUGGUCAGCUCAACUCGGUUAAAAAACCCACUAAGCCUAAAGUGGAAAAGCCCAGCGCCGUGGAGGCGCACGCCCAGCCCUCACGCCUCAGCGGCAGCAGCUCCAGCUCGGACUCUUCCUCCUCCUCCUCUUCAUCCUCGUCGUCAGACACAAGUGAUUCAGACUCGACUUGAAUUCAUAAACACAGGCUUAAAACAAAAGAAGCACUGAUAACUCAGGGACUUGGGCUGGCCCAGGACACAAUACGCCCUGAAACAUUUUUUUUUCUUUUUUUUCCAACUGAGAAAUCAGCUAAAUUUGUUGUGAAUGUGGGACUAAAAGAUGCAAAUCCCCAAACACAAAAUGCCUUGGUUUUUCCUCCCCCGGCUUUGUAAAUACAUGUACAAUUUUAUUGUUUCUUUUAUAAAGAAGAUUUUUAUUAUCCCCAAAGAGGGAGGCGCUAUUUAAAAAAAAAAAAAAAAAAGAAGAAGAAAAAAAAAAAAGCGACGUGGAAAGACGGACUGUACUCAGAUCUGCGAUUGGCUGGCACUUAAGUUUAUCCUGAAGAGAUGAACAAGUUGUUUUCUCCCACAUCUCAAAACAUCCUGGAGUUUGAAGUCAGGAUGUAGCGGACCUUAGCUUUCUUAAAUUUAACUUCAGUUCUUGUUUGAUUUUAAGGUGAACUCUAAAGCUCAGCGUUAAAUGUUGAAGGAACCAGAUAUUAGCAGAACUCUGUGCUUCCUUCUCAUGUUCCAGACCCAACAGCAUGUUAGCAGUGUUUAAAAGCGACCAUAUGGUGCUUUUCAUACUUAUGUAAAAACCCGAAGUCGAUUACAUUUAACGGUUUGAAGCACGACUUGUUCCUCUCUGUGUUGCGGUGACAUUUCUGCUGUAGUCAGUCUUCAAUCCUGUACAGUAGUGGGUUUGUAGAACUGUAUAGAAUAAGUUUGACCUACUGUAAUUACAAAGUUUAGCAGUAAGUUGCACAUUUUCCAGAUUUGACUGAUUUAGUGGGAGUUCUCCUAAAAUUUCAUUGUUUUUUGUUUUUGUUAUUAUUAAAAUGACACUAACUGAAAAAAAUGCUGCAGUUUUUCCUUCAAAAGAAACGGAAAAACAAAAGCAUCAAAACCAUCAGGCUCCUGAAUGUUAUGCUUAUUGAACACAUCUUUAACACUGAAAUAUUUUUUCAGACAAAUAUUUUUGGUUGCACUGCAAUUACUGGAGCAAGUGUGGCUGCUUAUUAAAACAAGUUAUUUUAAGUUCCCCCUUUAAAGAAAUUAAGUGGGAUCCUGAAACUACAAAAAGUUGAACCUGCUGUUGAAUGUUCACAAAAAGAAACGCUUGUAUAAAAUACUUUAACUGUAUUUGCUGUUGCACAAAGUAAUGUAUUUCUGCUUUUUCAACUUUUUCCCCUUUUUAUGUGUUAAUGUCAUUCCAGUAGUUGUUUACACUGUUAAGACUGCUGCCUCCCUGUUAAGCUAAUCACUUCUAUUAGAGGAAACCCUCUCAUUGGACUGUAAAUUACACCAAAUAAUCUCUUCUGUAGGACUAAUGUGAGUUUUGUGUCUCUGUUUGACAUUUCUAGUUUGUAUUAAAAACCCAGUGUGCUGGAGUUGUUCCAAAA